UCCGUCUCCACCGCGAAGAGGAGCCGCUCUCCUCUGUGUGUGUGUCUCUCUCUCUCUUUCUCUCUCUCUCUCUCUCUCCCCCUUUAUGCCAGAAAGAGAAGAGACAGCGAGAAUCGGGGCCAAUCGAUCACGACCACCGCUUUGCGGGGUUCCAACUGUCCCAGAUUGGCUAUCUUCAGCUGGACUAGGUAAUGGACCCCAACUUUCCUCAUCCGUUCAGCCCAGAGACAUCUGAGCCUCGAUUGGGGGACGCUCCGACCGAUGUUCGCCGCCCUUCUUUGGCUUUGCUUCCCACACAGACGAAAAAAACGUAAUCCCGUGCCCUGUAGGCAAGGAGUGAGCAAGGGUCCCGCCUGUAAUGGCCCUGACUCCUGCCCCCCCCGAACCGGUCGUAAAUGCGACCUGUUAAGACACAAGGAUCGACCCCAGGGACCACGCCCAACGAGCGGUGCUGCAAUGCGCUCUCUCUCCUCCUUCCCUUCUACGUACUACGUAGUACCUAGAGCGCCGUGUCAGGGUUCCCUCCCCCUGGUGGCAACCUCGAUUGGACCCGUCAGCUCCCCCUUUCGAAUGUCUGGUACCCUAGGCUCUGGCCUCGAGAGGAGGGGGCUUCCAGUGUGGAUGACACAUGCCGAAGUUAUAAGGGUCUGGAAAGGUUUACCAGUAGCCAUGAGACUCAUCCUGAUCCUUAGAGCAGAAUGUGCAUGGGAGUACCAUCGGAUGUCAGACCAGAUGUAAGAGUCAAUGAGUGUUAAUUUUAAGCCUUGGAGAGAAGGGCCAAGACUUCUUGGAGGUGCGACUCCCUACUACCGUACUAAGGUAGUGUACACGUCCCCAUCGGCCACGCGCUAUCAGGUUUCAUAGCGGCCUCUGUGCACAUUUCGUCUCAUCUUCCCGGCUUCCCGUCGUCUUCCACCCUGCUGCUCGGAGUUGCUGCUGCUUGAACUGGUUGCGGAAUUCCCCCCUCCAUGGGCACCAAAUGCCUGUUCACGCAGCCACCCCGAAGCACAGCCGCUAGCCCUAUUCCUCUCUCCUCCUCCUCGCGGGCGGGCCUGGUGGUGAUGACUCGUCGAAACGCACUCUCAUCACGAAGGCAAGUCACGAGUGUAUUGUGGAAAGAUGUUUU